UAUCUGUUUUUUUUUUUUUGCUUGUGUGGAUUAACGCUUGGGAAAUUCUAAUAAACUAAGGAAAUUUAUGUUGCGAAAAGGUGUAUUAGUUUAGAUUUCAUUAACAAUCACUUGUGUGGAAACUGGGAAUUAGUUGGCUGGAUGAUGCUUUAUUUUAUAUACAAAAUAAAAAGCUAUUGAUUUGGGUCAGGGAGGCUGUAUAUGUGAAGUGUGAACAAUGGGAAAGCCACGAGUUGAAGCAAUGUUGCAAUGAAUUUCUUUGUAACUUAGUGACCCUCAACAUUUGUAUUCAGUCGCGGAGCUACGUUGAGUACAAGGGCUACAAACCUUCAAAGUUUCAAGUGUAUGAAUAGGUCCAAUUUCAAAUUUGAUGGUCGGUGCAGUAAUAGGGUCCGUUUCGAGUCUUUCGACAAUUUCCUUCCUCCUCGUUGCUAACACUCAGCAAUACUGGUAAGGGGAGCACAAAGAAUGUCGUUGUGUGGGGGUGCAAUUCUUCAAGCUGGGAGAAAACGAAGUCGUCUAGCUCUAUCGAAGUAUCAAAGGCUUUCGAGAAACGAAGUCAUUCGACUGAGUUGGUGAUAUUAUGAAGAACUCGCACGACCUAUGUAAAAUUUGCAACAAAUUCUGAAAAUAGACGGGUUGGUAAGACAUUAGGUCGUCGAUGGAGGAAGAGGAGGAGGGGUUGAGCGAGAUUAUUGAGCUGCCGAGUCUAAGCGAUUUUGGGGGCGGGUGGAUGUACCCUACGAUGUGGUUGCCGGACGACGGUGGUUGCGGUGGUGGUGGGACGGCGGGUAGGUAUGUUAGUGGUGGUGACGAGUUUAGUUCUAGGUUGGGUUGGGUGUAUGAUGUGCCAGGUUUAGUGACGUGGCGGGUUAGGUUUGACCAUUUUCAGCCCAGAACGACACUGACUAGGCGCUCCCGUUUGCCACGUCAGCACAUAACAGACUCCAUUAACGGAGUUGGACGGAGACUAACGGAGAGUGACUAAACAUGACCUGUUUUAGUAAUUCGAGUGACCAAAUUUGAUAUUUUUUUUUAGUGACUAAACAUGAUCACAUGAUUUAGUAAUCCCAGUGACCAAAUGUGGCAUUACCCCAAAAUAAAAGGCACUUAAUUUGGGUCAGGGUGGCUAUAUGUAUAUGUGAAAUGUGAACAAUGGAAACCCACGAACCGAAGGAGUGUUGCUAUGAAUUUCUUUAUAACUCGUUUGUUUUGCGGAUUUGAAAAAUGAAGAUUUUUUUAUAAUUUGGAUUUUGAAAAUUCAUGGAUAUAUGAGGGUUCUGGGUGCAUUAUGGAUUUGAUAAACACUAUUGUUUGUUUGAUGGAUUUCAGGAUGGAUUUUGUUAAUUAAAUUUGUAUGUAUGAAGUGUAACUUACCUUUAUUGUCAUCAAUAAAAGAAAAUAUGAGGGGUAGGUUUGGUAAAAAAAUGUGCUUCAAAGUCCAUCAUCAAUUCCCUCCUAAAGGUGUGGGAUUUUCAAGUUCGUGGGGCCCACGGAUUUGGACCCUCUAAAUACUUGAAGCAAACAAUGGAUUUUGGACAAAUUCCAUCAUGGAUCAAAAUCCAUCAAGCAAACAUAGUGAGUGACCCUCAACAUUUGUAUUCAGCCGCGGAGCUACGUUGAGUACAAACAAGGGCUGUAAAGUAUAAAUCUUUAAUUUUUCAAGUGUAGGAAGAGGUCCAAUUUCAAAUUCGAUAGUCAGUGCAGUAAUAGGCUUCGCUUCUACGAUUGCCUUCCUCGUCGUUGCAAACACUAAACAAGACUGGUAAUUAAGGGGCGCACAAAGAAUGUCGUUGAGUAGGGGGUGCAAUUCGUCAAGCUGGGAGCAAACAAGGUUGUCUAGCCCUACCGAAGUACCAAAAGCUUUCGAGGAACGAAGUCAUUCGACUAAGUUAGAGAGGUUACGAAGACCCCACACGAUUUUUGUAAAUUUUGUAACAAAUUCCGAAAAAAUAAACUAGUUAGUAAGGCAUUAUGUCCACCUCUAAAAUAACCAUGGUUCAAAUCCUUUAAAUGUAAAUCUUUUAUCCUUCCUCGUUCAGAUUUCGGACUCCUCCAUUAUUUUUAGUCGUCCCUGUGCUAUUGCUAGCUAGACAUAUACAUACUACACAAACAAAGUUCCCAACCCUAAUUGUCUUACUGUAUUUGUCAAUACUUGGAAAAACCUUGCUUGAUCCGUGAUCCAGGGCUAUUACGAAUAAUUGCAAAUUUAGUAACAACCAUGAAUUCGAGUUGGAUCUAAUUCACCAAGUCAUGAAAAGGAUGACAACAAAAAUGUUUUUUUCCUCUCUCUCCAAUUAGUUAAUCCAUUAAUGAGGCUCUAAUGAGAUAAAGUUUGGAUUAGAUGGUGGUGUGAAUAGUCUCCACUUAACUUAUGAGUUUGGCAUUGCCCAUCAAGUCUUCUCCGCAUUCAUAUAUGUGCAAUCCGGUUUGAAAAUAGUGACAAAUGCACAAAAUAAUAGCGGUUCUAAGCACAUAUAGGACAGGAAAUGAACCACUUUGAUGCAGUUUGUGUUUACAGGGUGCAUGCGUCGAGCUCUAAUUACCAUAGUUAAUUGUAUACUAUGUGAAGCUAAAAUUGGAUAUUGUAGGAGAUGAAGGAAGUCGAGACCAAGAGGUUACAGAUUGAUCGUAUAUUGUCCAUCAAUUAAUAUACAUAUGAAAUCUUA